AUGGCGGGCAGAGGCGGUUUGAGGUCGGGAAACGCAAGGAACAAGGAAGACUUAGAAAAAGAAGAAAAGGAGAGAAGGACGAAACAAAGCAUAUUGGUCGAUCAAAGGAAGAAGGACCUGAAGAAACAACCGCUGAUCUCAGAAAGCCUGAAAAAAACAGUGAAAUUUCAGGAGACGAAAGAGAGGUUGGAAAGGAUUGGUAAGGUAGUUGGUAAAAAUACCGACAACAGAGUGCAGGUCAAGAAGGCGACGGCAGGUGGCGACAGCAAAAAGAGAGAGAUGGAGAAUACGACAGCAGAGGACGGCGAGAUGGCUGGACAGAGGACAGAAUGGGAGGAUAAAUGGAUGUGGAUGAACGAGGAAAUGAAGAAAUUGAAAGAGAUGGUGAUGCAGGGGAUGGAGAAGAAGAAACAAGAAGAAGGCCAGAUAAAGGAGCUGAACGAGCAAGUGCAAGGAUUACUGCUGAGGAAGAAAGAAGAAGAGAGGAAGAGAGAAGCUGUAGUGAGUGAAAAGGCAGUAUAUAAAGAAAAAGUGGAAAGGUUAGAAGGAAAGGUAAUGGUUUUAGAAAAGUCAAUUGUGAGUAUGGAAAAAACAGUGAAGGAAUGUGAAGAAAGUGUGAGAGACUUGCAGGCGGUAGUUCUGGACUUUAUAAAGGAACAAUGUGAAAAGGAGGAAGAAGUGGAGAGUGAGGUAGGAAGUGUGGCAAGCUCUAGAAAAUCUAGAUUUAGUAUGAAAAGCUACAGAAGUGCAGCCAGCGGUAUAAGCGGUAUUAGCUUAUCUCAGAAGGAAGUGGUACAGAUGAAGAGGAUGGUGAACGAAAAAGACAGAGAGGAACGUAGGAUGAAUAUAGUGAUAAAAGGUAUGAAAGGAGUAGGAGCGAAUGUAAAGGAAGAAAUAGAAAAAAUGCUGAAAAGUAAAUUGGACAUAGAAAUCAAGAUGGAAGCUGCUUGGAAGAGUGGUCAGGUUAUUGUAGGAAAAUGUAGUAAGUGGGAGCAAAAGGAUAUGAUAAUGAGGAAUAAGUCAAGGCUGACAGGGACUACUUUAUACAUUGAAAAUGACUUGUCGUAUGAGGAAAGGAAGAAACAAGAAGCGAUUUCAAGGUGGGCAAAGGAACAGCGUGAAAAAGGAAAAGAGAUCAAGAUUGGCGUUGGUAGAGUGUGUGUUGAAGGAAAGUGGCUGAGGUGGGAGAGUGUACAAGAAGAAGAAGAGAGCCGCAAGAAGGAUAUGGAGAAAGAGGAAAGUGCAAAAGGUCAGGAGGUGGAUUUCUAG